AUGGCCUCUUUUAAGUAUCACGCACUUCCUGGCUUUGGAGAAGAGUGUCGCGAGAAAUACGGGUUCAGCGAUGCCUGCAUCAUCGGCAAUCGGCUGGUCGUCACUGGACAGACGGGCAUGAAUCCUUUGACCAGAGAGACUUCUCCCAAAAUUGAGGAGCAAAUUGCACAGGCCUUCAACAACAUCAAUGACCUGAUCAUCCACACUCUCGUUCAAGAAGGUCAUGCCAUUGAGGAGAAUAGUACUGGCUGGGAUUACGUGGUCAAGCUGCGCGCGUUCUUCGUGGGAUUAUCUGGAAUGCGCGUGGAAGCACGGGAGAAUAUGGUCCACUACAUCAAGAAGUGGUGUCCUCGCCAUCAGCCGUUGUUCACCAUGGUCGGAAUCGAAAGCCUGCCUUUUCCCGAGCACCUUGUGGAGUUUGAAGUUGAUGUAUGGAUUCCUUAA